AUGACCUCAUUAGACCAGCCGGAGGAGAAACCUCCGUCACCAUCUACAGAGGAGACACCAGAGCUUCCUGGUGAGACUGAAGAUGUCAAAGAAGAGGUCACCGAAAACCCCGAUGAGGAUACUCUCAAGACUCUCAAAUACUCCCUACUCGGUCCUUCGCUCCUAAAAGCAGGUCAGGACAAGGUUGAUCAGACCAAGGUCUCUGAGAUCAUCUACAAUGCCUCCAAAGGAUCCAAGUUCUUUAACCGCGAAGAAGUCCGUGACAAAGUCCUCACCCGGAAGAUCGAGCAAAUCAUCGCCCGCAAGGCCGAGCUCGAAAAGAAGGACCUCACCCGCGAUCUACGCAACGCUGACCGUCUCAUCGCCGAGCUCGAGCUUUCCCGUGACUUGACGCAACACAUCGUUCAUGUGGACUGCGAUGCCUUUUAUGCAGCCGUGGAGCAGUUGGAUCGACCCGAAUUGAAGGACCUACCAUUUGCUGUCGGCGGUGGCGUAUUGACAACUUGCAAUUACAUUGCCCGCAAGUUUGGCUGUCGAUCAGGCAUGGCGGGGUUCGUGGCCAAGAAGUUGUGCCCAAGUCUAAUCCUUCUGAAGCCAAAUUUCGAAAAGUAUAAUGCAAAAGCACAGGAAGUCCGGGAGGUCCUCGUAAACUACGAUCCACGUUUCGAAAGUGCCAGUAUCGACGAGGCAUAUCUCAACAUUACAGAGUACUGUCAAGAACACCAGAUGGACCCAGCAGAAGCUGUCGAACAGAUGAGAAGCGAAGUCCACCAAAGAACCAACAUUACCGUUUCUGCUGGCAUAGCCGCCAACGCAAAACUUGCCAAGAUUUGCUCCAACAUGAACAAGCCCAACGGUCAAUACGUAUUACCAGGUGAUCGGCCUACCAUCAUGGCCUUUAUGCGCGAUCUCCCUACACGAAAGGUCAAUGGUGUCGGCCGUGUUCUUGAACGAGAACUCCUCGAAAUCGGUAUCAAGACAUGUGGCGAUCUUUACGCUCAGAGACAAUUUCUCAACCCUCUCUUCGGCGACAAAACCUCAGAGUUCCUGUUCAAGUGCUAUCUCGGUCUGGGACGCACCAAGAUUCAACCAGCUGAAGAGUAUGAGCGCAAGAGUGUCGGCACAGAAAGCACAUUUCGUGACAUGUCCGAUCCAACCCAGCUACGAGACAAGCUACGGUGGACAGCCGAGGAACUUGAAAAGGACAUGAAGCGUGCCGAGUGCAAGGGUCGCACCCUCUGCCUUAAGGUCAAGCUUCACACUUUCGAGGUCUUGACCCGUCAGGUUGUCCUGCCGCGCGCUAUCUGGCUCGCAGACGACCUGUACAACUAUGCCCUUCCCAUCCUCUCCAAAUUGGAGCAGGACAUGCCGGGUAUGAAGCUACGGCUGAUGGGCUUACGAUGCACACACCUCGUCAGCACCAAGAAGCCUGAUACCAUGGCCUUUUUCGGUUUCCGGCCGCGCAGAAACGACUCGGAAGACCGCCAGUCCGAGGGAAACCUCAAGAGAAAGGCCAGCGACGAUGAUGGAGAAUGGGAACAGUGGCCAGAGGCCGACUUGCAAAUCGACGAUGCAGACGGCCUCUUGGAAGGCUCGUCAAGCAACCAGGACAGCCCCGGAGACUCACCAUAUCGAAGGCACGGCAAGGAGAUUGCCCCCAACCCUGUAAAGGAGCAAGCCGCCGAGGAAUGGUGGGACUGUCCCAUAUGCAGUAGGCCACAGGCUGCCGAUGAAAGGCAGUUCAACGAGCACAUAGACCUCUGUCUAUCUCGGCAGACAAUACGUGACGCCGUGCAGGAAGAUGGCCCUUCCAUAAAGAGGGACACGACGCCGGAGCCCAAGAAGCCGCGCAUAGCAGACAAGAAGAGAGGGCGACCACGAACAGUCGAUCCCAAACAGAAACAGCUGUUCUUUGGAUAG